GGCCCCGCCGAGCUCCACUCCGCCCGCGCCCGCUGCCCUCGCGCGGCCGAACCCAGUCCCCGCCGUGCACCUUGGGCUACGCGCGGGAGCGCGCGCGCCGGGAGGGCAGCGGGAGGCGGGGCGGCCUGCACGGUGCUGAGGAGCCGAGAGUGGCGCGGCCCCGCCGCGGCCAUGGAGGUCUACAUCCCGUCCUUUCGCCACGAGGACAGCGAUCUGGAGCGCGGCUACACGUUGUUGGAGAACAGAAUAGAAAGAUCAUUCCAGACUGACAAACUUAGUUUCUUCUCUUGUUGACUGGCAGCUGUAAGCUGUAUUUCCUUUCUGUCAUUUCAUUGGCCAGAGUUUCUUCUGAAAUACUAAACAAUCGUGAUGCGCUCUGCUGCUUGUCCAGGUGUUUAAAAUAGAAGUGCUAAUGAAUGGAAGAAAACAUUUUGUUGAGAAAAGGUACAGCGAAUUCCAUGCCUUGCACAAAAAGCUUAAGAAAUGUAUAAAGACUCCAGAAAUCCCUUCUAAACACGUCAGAAACUGGGUCCCCAAAGUCCUGGAACAACGACGGCAAGGCCUGGAAACAUAUUUGCAGGCUGUCAUUUUGGAGAACGAAGAACUUCCCAAACUCUUCCUUGAUUUCCUCAAUGUCAGACACUUGCCCUCUCUACCAAAGGCAGAAAGUUGUGGAUCUUUUGAUGAGACAGAAUCUGAAGAGUCAAGCAAGCUGUCCCACCAGCCGGUGCUGCUGUUCCUCGGGGAUCCAUACGUCUUGCCUGCAGCCAGCGCCUAUUUUGAAUUAGAGAAAAGAAGGGAUAAAGAUUUUCCCAAUGUGGUCAUCGAAGGAGUUCUUCAUGGAAUAUUUUAUUCUCAUCUGCAGCCCAGGUAGAAGCCCUACCUGACUGGAAGAAGCUGAAGCAAGUUUCAGUGUCAAUGGCAAGAACAUCAAUAGCUCGACCAACUUAACUGAAACUCCAUGACACAAUAGCUCUAGCUAGUGGGAAAAUUCAGUCCUCGCUUCCUUCAGAACAGGGACAUUUAUAUUAGAAUGGUGCUUUUAAAAUUAGAAACUGAACCAGGGCAGCAGCUUAUGGCCAAUUGUUGGAGUAAAAAGGAGAUUCCAACAUGGGAAGUCAGGACAAGGAAGCCGCAAUGGAUUACUGGGGGCACCGAGUGUCACCAAACAGGGCCACCUCUGCUUCACCUGCACCAUUUGCUAAUUGGAAAUCAUCUCCUGAGUCCUGCUGACACUGAGCGACUUUGGUGGCCUUUUGUUUGGACCUUGACAACACUCAUCUUUACGUCAUGAGAUUUGUCUCAGUGGGGGAAACCGUAUCCAGGGGUGCUGGCACCAGAAGAGGGCCCUGGAACCCACUGCUAAGUGUGAGGAAAAAGCCAGCCUGGAAAUCCAGUUAUACUGACAGUAGAGUGCACUGAAGAACAGGAUGCUUUUAGUUCCCACUUCAGGGGCGUUGCCUCCCACCUACAGGUUGGCUUCCAGCAUCAGUGCUUGAGAUGAAAUGGGGUGUUGGUGCAAUGCUUGAGAGUCCCCUAGGAAGACACUAUACCGAAAGUCUAGCCUCACAUUUUUUUCCUCUAGUAUUGGAAAGUAUGAGUGCCCCUCUGAAGGCCAGCUGGCACCCCAGUGAAGUCCCAGGAGCCCUUUCCUGUAGGAAGAACACACUUUAAACACUAGCCUCACACUACAAAGUUCUUGUCCCAGUGGGAGUCAGAUGUGAGUUGACACUGGUAGCAGCAGGCACAGACGUACUGUUUGUGUCUGGGUGUCCUCCACGGUGUACAGUCAUGGUGUUGCCACAGGCUUUUGUGUGGCUAUUCUUACAGGUUCCUCUUCGCUGGCAUCAUGUAUGGAUUAAUGUGAGUUAGAUGUUUGAUGACGUCUUCUCUACUGGGUGUCAAACAGAUGGUCAUCUUUUGUAGAAUGUAUGUCCUACCUGUGUGUAUGUACUGAUGAACAUAACCUACUUAUGGUUAUAAAUUUUCAUAAAUUUAAAUGUUGGAGAAAAUGUGUACAGUUGAAAGUAUCAUGUCAUGAAUUUUUAUGAGCAUCUAACCCCACAGAUUGAAAGCCUGCUGCGAACUUUUGAAGAUACGUUUUUACGAUUGAUUGUGUAAUUACAUGUUAGAAAUAAAGUAAUCAAGUGUCGUCAGCGAAAAAUAGCUAAAUGGUGAAGUAUUAGAGAUGAUUUUUAAAAUGUUUUUAUGUUACUAGCUAUUUUGAGUUAAAUAAAAAUGAACAAAAGUA